AUGGCGGCGGAGCGGGGGGCGCUGCCCCGGCCCGGCCUGGCCGCGUUCGCGGGGCUGAGCUGGAGCGCGUGGCUGGAGCGGGAAGGGCCCACCCGCGACGGCGGAGGGGACACCAGGCCCGUGCCCGUCCCUGUGCCAGCCCCUGGCAGGGUUCUGUCCGCAGGCUCCGGGUUGGAGCCGGAGGAGGGCGGGAAGAGCAGCCCCAGGAGAGCGGACACCGUGACCCUGAUCAAGGAGGACAUGGACAUCUUCGGGCACUGCCCGGCCCACGAUGACUUCUACCUGGUGGUUUGCAACCAGUGCGGCCGGGUGGUGAAGCCCCAGGCCUUCCAGAAGCACUGCGAGCGCCGUCACAGCCCCCUGACCCCACCCUGCUCGUGGCCCCCCGCCCCCUGCCUGUGCCCGGCGCCCCCGGCGCUGCCAGAGCCCCCCAGUGCCCGCAGCCGAUCCCAAGCCCUUCCCGAGCGCCCGGACAGGGACAACAACAACAACCACCACAACCUCUGCCUGUUCGUGCCCGUGGUGAACCUGGAGAAGAUUCCCGGCAUUCCCAAACCGGACGGGCACGGCUUUCAGGAGCCCCCCAAAGGCGACUCCAAGGACUCGCCGGGGCCCAGGGAGCCCCCCGUGCCCGGGGGGGCCGGGGGGGACUCGGCCCUGCCCGGGGACAAAGAUUUGGGGGUCCCAAAGCACCCCCGAUCCACAGGAAGCCGCCGCGAGUGUGACCUGAACCGGCAGUGUGGGGUCAGGAACCCCCAAAGCGACACCCCCUGCACGCGCCUGCUCACCUGCAAGAUCCACUCGGUGCAGCAACGCCGGGACGUGCCGGGCCGGGCCAAGGAUUUCGAUGUGCUGCUGGCAGAGCUCAGGGGGGCGCGGCGUGGGGACCCCCCCCGCAAGGACCCGCCCCCCCAUCUGCCCCCCCACGCCCCGCAGGGUCUCCCCACGGCGUUGCCGCAGCCCCCAGUGCCCCCGGGGAACCCCUGUGCCCGCAGCCCCCGGCAAGGUGAGCACCGCAGGGGGCAGGACACGGAGGCACGACCACGAGGACGCGCCCGCGGCCCCAGGGAGAGGGGCACAGGGGCACCCCCGGGCAAGGGGGCGGCCGGGGGCAGCGAGGACAGCGACGAGGAGGGAGGGGCUCAGGAGCCCACCCGGACCCCGCGGCCACCGCGGCCACAGGCGUUCUGCGCGUUCGGGAGCCGCCUGCUCAGCCCGGGUUGUUACGUGUUCCACCGGCGGCUCGACCGCGUCUGCUCCGCGCGCGCGAUGCUCCGGAGGCACCGCCGAGCCCGCGCCUGGAGGAAGAUCCCUCCGGCCGCCGACCCCCCUAGGGUGCCCACCAACCUCACCUACGCCGUGGGAUCCCCCGCGGCCGCCGCCUGCAGCCCCGAGGGCGGGGGGGCUCGCAGUCCGUCACCUCCCCUGCCCGCCCACACCCCCUCCUCCAGCAGCAAACUGCCCCCACAAAGCCCCCGGCCCCCUGCGAGCCCCCGGCCCUGGCAAACCCCCGCGCGCCAGGGCCCCCUACAAACGGCCCUGCGUGCGGCGCUUGCCCCCGCCCCCAGAGCGGCGGCCGCGACCCUGGCCGGGCCGGGGGCCUCGGGGCUGUCGGAGGACGAGGAGAAGCAGCGCAGGAAUUCGGCCACUUAUUGUCGCCACAAGGCCAAAGCCGCGCCCCCCACGGCGGGACCCCCGAGCCGGCCCCCGCCGGCCCUCAGACCCCGGCCCGGGGGCUCCGCGGGCAGGAGGAAGCGGGGACCCCCGGGCUUCCAGGAGGAGGGGAGAGCCCUGAAGCCACAGUGA